GUUUGAUCUGUCGAUCAAUCAGAUUGCGAAGUCAUUAAAACUCCACGAAAAUGUCCUGGAUUUUUUUUCUCUUUUCAUCUUGUUCAUCUCGUUUUGAAAUGUCUACUGAAUCUGUUAUUCUCGUUACUGGUGGUACUGGUCUUGUUGGUGAAGCCAUCAAGUGGGUUAUUGAAAAUGAAUCCGAUCCUCGUUACGGUAAGAAAGAUAACGAAAAAUGGGUCUUUUUGUCUUCCAAGGACGGUGACUUGAGAAAAGAAGACCAAGUCAAGGCUAUUUUCGAAAAGUAUAAGCCUACACAUGUCAUUCAUUUGGCUGCUUUGGUUGGUGGUUUAUUCAAAAACAUGAAAUAUAAGCUUGACUUUUUGCGUGAUAACAUGCUUAUUAAUGAUAAUGUCUUGUGGCAAUCCAAAGAAUACAACGUCAAGAAGGUUGUCUCUUGUCUUUCUACCUGUAUUUUCCCUGACAAGACUACUUAUCCUAUUGAUGAAACUAUGGUUCAUAAUGGUCCCCCUCAUGAAUCCAACUUUGGUUACGCUCAUGGUAAGCGUAUGAUUGAUGUCUACAACCAUGCCUACAAGGAUCAAUUUGGUUGUCAUUUCACUUCUGUCAUUCCUACCAAUAUCUUUGGUCCUCAUGAUAACUAUGAACUUGAAGGUUCUCAUGUCUUGCCUGGUUUGACUCACAAGUGUUACCUUGCUAAGAAGAACAACACUCCUUUUAUUGUCUGGGGUUCUGGUAAGCCUCUUCGUCAAUUCAUUUAUUCUCGUGAUUUGGCCAAGCUCUUUAUCUGGACUUUGAGAGAAUAUGAAGAAAUUGAUCCCAUCAUCUUGUCUGUCGGUGAAGAAGAUGAAGUCUCUAUUAAGGAUGUUGCUGAUGGUAUUGUCAAGGCCAUGGACUUCCAAGGUGAAUACUCUUUCGAUUCUACCAAGGCUGAUGGUCAAUACAAAAAGACCGCUAGUAAUGCCAAGUUAAUGAAAUACAUCCCUGACUUUAAGUUCACACCUUUUGAUGUUGCUAUCAAGGAGUCUGUUGAAUGGUUUGUUGAAAACUAUGAUACCUGUCGCAAGUAGAUUUUUAUUAUUAUUAUUCAAUAAAAUG